GGGCUCUCCUCCGGUGUGGAGGCAUCAUGGCCGCUAAGUCAGACGGGAGGCUGAAAAUGAAGAAGAGCAGCGACGUGGCGUUCACCCCGCUGCAGAACUCGGACCACUCGGGAUCGGUGCAGGGCUUGGCCCAGGGCUUGCCGUCGGGGUCGGGAGCCGAGGACGAGGAGGCGGCCGGCGGCGGCUGCUGCCCGGACGGCGGCGGCUGCUCGCGCUGCUGCUGCUGCUGCGCCGGGAGCGGCGGCUCGGGAAGCUCGGGCGGCGGCGCUGGCGGCCCGGGCGGCGGGGCGGGCUCAGCGGCGCUGUGCCUGCGCCUGGGCAGGGAGCAGCGGCGCUACUCGCUGUGGGACUGCCUCUGGAUCCUGGCCGCCGUGGCCGUGUACUUCGCGGAUGUGGGCACGGACAUCUGGCUCGCCGUGGACUACUACCUGCGCGGCCAGCGCUGGUGGUUCGGGCUCACGCUCUUCUUCGUGGUGCUAGGCUCGCUGUCGGUGCAAGUGUUCAGCUUCCGCUGGUUUGUGCACGAUUUCAGCACCGAGGACAGCGCCACGGCCACUGCUUCCUCCACUUGCCAGCAGCCUGGAGCAGAAUGCAAGACGUUGGUCAGUGGUGGGUCUGCAGCUGGGGAAGGCGAGGCUCGUCCUUCCACGCCGCAAAGGCAAGCCUCCAACGCCAGCAAGAGCAACAUCACCGCCACCAACAGCGGCAGCAACAGCAGCGGGGCCACCCGGGCCAGCGGCAAACACAGGUCUGCGUCCUGUUCCUUCUGCAUCUGGCUCCUGCAGUCACUCAUCCACAUCCUGCAGCUCGGGCAAAUCUGGAGAUAUUUCCACACAAUAUACUUAGGUAUUCGAAGCCGGCAGAGUGGGGAGAAUGACAGAUGGAGGUUUUACUGGAAAAUGGUGUAUGAGUAUGCUGAUGUGAGUAUGCUGCAUUUGCUAGCCACCUUUCUGGAAAGUGCUCCACAGCUGGUCCUGCAGCUCUGCAUUAUCGUACAGACUCAUAGCUUACAGGCCCUCCAAGGUUUCACAGCAGCAGCCUCCCUGGUGUCCUUGGCAUGGGCCCUGGCCUCUUACCAGAAGGCCCUCCGGGACUCUCGUGAUGACAAGAAGCCCAUCAGCUACAUGGCUGUCAUCAUCCAAUUCUGCUGGCACUUCUUCACAAUCGCUGCCAGGGUCAUCACAUUCGCCCUCUUCGCCUCGGUAUUCCAGCUCUACUUUGGAAUCUUCAUCGUUCUUCACUGGUGCAUCAUGACCUUCUGGAUCGUCCACUGUGAGACGGAAUUCUGUAUCACCAAAUGGGAAGAGAUUGUGUUCGACAUGGUGGUGGGAAUCAUCUACAUCUUCAGCUGGUUUAAUGUCAAGGAAGGCAGGACACGCUGUCGGCUCUUUAUUUACUAUUUUGUGAUCCUGUUGGAAAACACAGCCUUGAGCGCCCUCUGGUACCUCUACAAGGCGCCACAGAUUGCAGAUGCGUUCGCCAUCCCAGCGCUCUGCGUGGUAUUCAGCAGUUUUUUAACCGGUGUGGUUUUUAUGCUGAUGUAUUAUGCCUUCUUUCACCCCAAUGGACCCAGAUUCGGGCAGUCACCAAGUUGUGCUUGUGAGGAUCCCGUCGCUGCCUUCACUCUGCCGCCGGAAGUGGCCACGAGCACCCUACGCUCCAUCUCUAACAACCGCAGCAUGGUCAGCGAACGUGACCAGAAAUUUGCAGAGCGGGACGGGUGUGUCCCUGUCUUUCAGGUGCGCCCCACUGCCCCAUCCACCCCAUCUUCUCGCCCACCACGGAUUGAAGAAUCGGUCAUUAAAAUUGACCUGUUCAGAAAUAGGUACCCAGCGUGGGAGAGACAUGUUUUGGACCGAAGUCUCCGCAAGGCCAUUUUAGCCUUUGAUUGUUCCCCGUCUCCUCCAAGGCUGCAGUACAAAGAUGAUGCCCUUAUCCAGGAGCGGUUGGAAUAUGAAACAACUUUGUAGAUCAAAAGGACUUGCAGGAGCCACACUGUCCAGUUGAAGGGUGACAGCAGGGCUGUGGCAAAAAGGACACUUCAUCCUGAAAGAGCAGUGAGCUAGGAUGCUCUUAGUCUAACCAUCAUCAUGAUUAGCAUGUGAUCCCCUGUCAGUUGACCGCCUGCUGGUGGUCUCCUUUCAACCAGCAGCACGGAGUUUCUGAUUUCACCGGAAGGAUGAGGCCAGCUGAGUGCGACUGUGUUUACCACAACCCUCCCUGCACAGUCUUGGAGCACAUCCACCAGAUGCAACAUUAUUAUGGAAAAUUCUGCCUCCAAUCAAUAGGGUGUCUUGCUGGAGUUAACUGGUCAUUGCAUAAAAAUAUAUUCAGUCAUGUUCACACAUCUACACACAUUGACACACAUAUACAUAACACCAGUUCUCUGUCAAAAUGGGUUAGGUGGUUUUUCUUGAUGCUCUGAUUCCUGCAGGAACACAUAAUCCACAAGGAAGGGAGACUAUAUCCCUCAAGACUUCAGAAAAAACGUCAUAGCACUUAGUAAAGAAUUCAUGAACCACUUUCUCAUCUGGAAACAAAUACCCUGUGUGAGACAACUAACCAAUGGAAAGCACACUCAAGUGUGUUUACACGAGUACUGGCAUUGACGGAAUGGUUCAUGUUCUACAUAUCUCUGGAUUUGGUAGUGGUAUUUUAAUUUCUGGUUAAGAACAUUCUUUUUGAAAGAACUAUGCAGCACAUGUCUGGCUUUUGACAAGAGCUCAAUGACUUCAUCAUAAUUAUGUCAUCAUAAUUCAGUAUUCAAUUGCAAAAAGUUAAUAAAUAGAUGAAGAGGAAGUUGGGGGAAAGGCAAAAUGAGAAUCUGGUUCCUAAGCCAGUGCAGCUCACAUUGAAGUGCUGCUGGGCCCAGAUGCAGACCAAGAGGCUCUGUGAGCAGAGGCAAGAACAAUACAAAACGAUGCCAUGCCACAACUUCCUAGUGCCAAACACUGUCCAAACACAGAACUGACAGGGAAUCCCUUAGCAACUGAGAAUGAAUGGCUUGAGUCCCCAAAAGUGGACAACAGAAUGAACGGUCAUGUUCUCCACUGUGUAUAGACUUCCCCCAUCCCAUCUGAGGUCCAAGUGAUGCAUCUUUAGAGGCUUUGGGACACUGUUUUAGCAAAUGUAAUCAAACAGGUGCAGUAAAUAUGCUAUCAGAAAACCCUUCCAAACUGAUUGAGGGCUUAUCACUAUAUCCAGCUAAUAUUUGUAUUUGAAUCAUCUGUAAAGUCGCACUCUUGCAACAAGCUUCUGGGUUUUAAAUACCUCCGCACAGCAAGUAACCGUUCCUGCUUUCAGUUCUCAGUGUCCUCGGUCAUGGUGCUUUUUGUUGCAUUAAAAGUGCCAGUCAAACUUUGAUAGUAUUUUUUUAUAGUUGGUGCAGAGUGGAAUAACUCAUGGAUUAUUUCAAUAUUUUUGUAAUAAAAAUAUAGGGUAUACACAUAGAUAUCAUCACUUUUUUUAUAGACCUGGAAUUAUUUAAAAUACAUUCAACAUCAUAAUUACUUGGGAUGUCAGAAACUGGUCCACAAAUUCCAUCAGCCUGCCUCAGCAGAUUGCAAACACCUGUCUCUUGCAAAAUCACUCUGUUUUUUCAAGUCGGUGCCCCAGGAACCUGGCCAGGGGUGCUAUCAGUGUGUCAGGUGAAGAGAAAAUCAGCUGAGCUAGAAAGGGCUUUUAAUGACUGGCCAAUGUUUCCCAGGUGGUCAAAGAUGUAAAUGAUUGCUUUCAUCCAUCCAUUGCAACACACCUGACCACAGUGGAAGAUGUCUUAAACUUCCUUCCCUGGUUUUAUAUUAACCCAAGUGAUAUAUUAAAUGCCAGUCAA